GUCGAAAAGAAUCGGAAAUAACCGAAAAACGACCACGAGAAGACGAACGCUACGAGUUGCGAUUUUUUGUCCGUUCAGCAAUUUUGGGCUCUACUCGAAAAACUAUCCUAUUUUCCAAGGAUAGCACGAAAAUGUCGAGCCUUUCUGCGCGCUUAAAACAUCCAAAAAAGCAUGAACUAUCCAAAUCGCACAGUCAAGCCCAACUUUUGGCAAAUAAAUUGAGACAAGACGGAGUUUUAUCCGCUGUUGAAGAUGUUUUACAAGCUGUGGACCAAGUUGCUGCUUUACUGUCUUCAAAUUUAGGAGAUGCCCAACUUUCCUAUAAAGACAGUGUUAUCAAUUUAUGCCAACACCUAAAGGUGUAUGGCGUAUAUUUGGAAAUCCUCUACAAGGAGCAACUCGACCACGCGUUCAGGAUAUUCCGCGACAAGGCUCAGGACGACAUCCAAGUGGACAUGUUGUCGCGUCUCCACUUGCUCGAACUCAUCGAACUCAGGGCCAAGGGAUGGAAGGGCACCGACGGCAUGAACUUGUACUACAAGAAAAAGAUCAACCAGUUCGGAAAUUCACAUAUAGAUAUGUCAGAAUCGAUAUCUAGUUUGAAUGAAUCCCUGACUGCGUCGAUCACCUCCUCUCCUCCGCCAAUUUUGGGACCCGGGGAAGUACUGAAACCUUCUGGGAAGUUCGCGAAUCCUACCAGGAUUCCUGGUAAAAAAUAUUGUAAGGACGAGGUGGUGAUUAGAAAUGCUGACUCUGGAAAAGUAAUGGGUAUCAAAGGGAGACGAGUGCACAUGAUAGAGGAGUUAAGCGAAACGAUAAUAUCGUUUCAAAGAGUAAACCCGGGUGCGAAAGAAAGACUGGUCCAAAUCACGGGCGCAAAUGAAGAAAGCAUAACCCACGCCAAACAGUUGAUCGAGGACACGAUACGAAGAAACGCUUCGCCCAUUAGAGAUACGACGAUUUCGACGGGCGGGGGACCCCUGACCGGCUCCAGCUCGAGCAUCAACUCUUCGGCGUCCGACGACAGCGCUCUGCCCAGCUCUGCGCGCGCCUCUAGAGCUCUGAUGCACAGUUUGAGCACCAACGACGCCAAUUUGGGCGAGUACAAAUACACGGUGAUCGCUAACGGGUGUACCAUCAGGAUUACCGGGGAUAAUUUGGAUUUGGUCAGGACAAGCAAACUCGUACUCGACGAAUACUUUUCCGGCGAACCGAUUCACGAUGUCACGCAAUUUUACAGUUUCGACAGUUUACCGCAACCCAUUCUAUCCGAGGAGUACCCCAGCACUCCCCUGUCUCCUCCCGAAUCACUCCCGUCCCCCGAAGUCGUUCCCAACGGAGAGGCAGACGAUGCAGAUAAAGUGAGAUUGAGGAAACCUCGUCUGUCUGUGGAAGAAUUAAUGAAAAACAACAAGAAUGGGGGGGAGAAAGAAAUGGAUAAGGAGAAAGAAAAAUCUCCUCCGACGAACAAUUGUAGUAAUAUCACGUAUUCCAUCGAGUAUUUGGCGAAUUUGGCCAUGUCGCCCUAUUGCCUGUCUCGGCCACAGGAGUGGGAGCGGAUCAAAGAGGACUAUCCCGUUUUGAUGAGAAACGUCAUUGAGUAUUUCGAUGCCAAGACGUAUCUGUCGACAAGAACGACUGAACCAACCGGAGUUAUCAGCGCCAACGACAUGGAUUCCAGCGAAGUUUGACGAACGCUAAAAAUAGUACAGUCAAACCGAAACGUAAAAUUGGAAGUUUUUCAAAGAAAAAAUUCCGGUGGUUCUGAAUUUAGAAUUUAAACAAAAAUUAUAACUUCGAUUUUUCGUUAACAUAUCGAAGUUAUUUAUUAAAAAAAAAAAUGUUGAAAAGUUCAAAAAAAAAAUAAGAAAAGAAAUGAAAUGAAAAAGAAUUUGUACUUGAAAGUUAGUGGUAGAAGUUCAUUUUUAUUUUUAAAUAAUACAAUACUACAGUUUAAAAAAAUAGAUGCUUAGCGUGAUUAAGUUUUCCCAACUUAUAACUCGACUGACUUAUUUAUUAUUAUUACUGUAAUAUCAAGUUUAUGUUUCCUUGGUACAGAUUUUUGUGCAAUGCAAAAGAUCUUUUAGAGAAAAAGAUAUUUUUGCACCAAUGAUCUUGAUAUUUAUGAUUUUUUUUUGUGAUAAUCGUAGUCUCGACACAUACGAGGUUAGAUCAAAAAUUUCCAGGAUUUUUUUUAUUUGAUUUUAAUUAUUUACCAUCACAAAUAUUUGUGAAAUAUUUUUUAUUAAAAUACUCGCGGAACGUUUUAAAUUUCGCAAAAACCGAUUUACGAACGAUUCAUCGUUUUCAAUAAUUUUUCAUUGUUUCUCCAAACAUCGAGUUAUUUUUUUUAUCGAAUUUCUUCACCUAAACUGCCUAUAAUGUUCAUUUACCAUUAGCGAAAGUUGAAGAUGUUCGCUGCUUUAAAAGGUAGGUAAAAGUUGACACAUCUAAUUUUUUUUGACGAUUCAUUGACGUUUUCCUGGUUUUUCCACAAAUAGUUUUGUCGAAUUGCUUCAGGGUUUGUACAUUUAUUAAAACAAUUUUGUA